GUGGUCUGGGACAGCCGGACAUAGAGCCAGAACAGCAGCCAUACACAUGAACAUUUCACCGACUCGGCUGCCAUAUGAAGAGGAAAACUAGCCUGUCAAACUCCCGUGUCCUCCUGUUGGAUCCCACAUCCUUAUUCAGCUAGUACAAAAUACACGAAGAAGAAAAAAAAUCGAUGUAAAAGAGGAAAAAACACACUUCCUGUUAAAUUAAGAAAUAAUGGUUGCUAUUGGGUGCGUCUGAUUGGAAAUAAUAGGCUACAGUGUAAUCAGCGGUAUAGAUAUGUAAGUUAUGUCAGGUGUAUUUUGCAGUAUGUGCCUAAAUAAUUCAAAAACAAAUGGUAGUUACGCUUAUUUUUGCAUAAAUUAUCCGUUGAAAAUAUUGGUAUACAUUACUGGCUCUUAUUUUGGCGACACGGUGGUCUAAUUUCCGUCAUUGUUAUAGCUAACUAUGAUGAACUUGACCUAAGGUUUUGCGUGAUUUAAUCCUAAUUUUAAAAAAAUCGAAUCUAUUUCUUACUAUUUCAUAUUUUAAGUGUAUCAUGGCAAUAUGAGUGACAACGCAUUCAACAGCUAUUGUAUUAAAAAAUAAGUCCGCUGGUGUAAGCUAGUCGGGGGAAUGUUUUGACGUAACACAAGGUCGGGGUGCACGCUGAAGGGGAACAUGGCAGUUGGCGUCAGUGCUAAACGUGGAUUAUUAAGCAGCAAAACCCGGCUGGUUUAUGGUCUUCAGAGGAAAAUAUCACCAUGCAGCGUUUGUAUCCAACGAGCAGCUGAAAUACAGAGUGUGAGAGCAUCAACCAGUGCGACAGGAGACUCUCAGCACAGUGAAAAGUACUGUCUAAAUCUGGUCAGGUCCAGAGAUUAUGAAGGAUUCCUGUCCUCUCUCCUUCUCCCAGAGAAGGCAUGGCGCUCUUCCCUGGCUCUGAGGGCCUUUAAUGUGGAGCUGGCACAGGUGAAGGACACGGUUUCCCAGAAGACCAUCGGUUUGAUGCGAAUGCAGUUUUGGAAGACCGCCAUAGAAGAAAUCUACAGAGAUGAGCCUCCAAACCAACCAGUCAGCACUGAGCUGUGGAGGGCAGUGAAGACACAUAACCUGACAAAGAGGUGGCUGCUGAGGAUCAUAACAGAGAGAGAAAAGGAUCUAGAUGACAGAGCCUACAGGAACCUUCAGGAACUGGAGACGUAUUCAGAGAACACACAGUCGUCCUUAAUGUACCUCCUGCUGGAGUGUUUAGGUGUGAAAAAUGUCCAUGCAGACCACGCAGCGAGUCACAUUGGUAAAGCUCAGGGAAUCGUAACGUGUCUGAGAGCAACUCCUUAUCACAGCAGCCGACGAAAAGUCUACCUGCCCAUGGACAUCUGCAUGUUGCAUGGAGCUUCUCAGGAGGAUUUCAUCCGUGGGAGCCAGGAGCAGAAUAUUCGGGAUGUGGUGUAUGACAUCGCCAGUCAGGCUCAUGUACACCUGCAACACGCACGAUCCUUUAGCCAUAACGUUCCAGCAGCUGCUGCUCCAGCAUUCCUUCCCACUGUGGUGUUGGAGGACUAUCUUCACCGAGUGAGGAGGGCAGAUUUUAAUGUUUUCCAUAAGAGUCUGCAGAAUAGAAACCCUCUUCUCCCAAUCCAGCUGUACAUCCGCUCCUGGAAGAAGACUUACUGACUUCAGUUCUCCUCCUCCAGCCUCUUUAAGGACUGCUACAGAAAUGAAGCCCAGAGAAUUUCUCACCACUGCCACCAAAAAAAUCCACACCCGACCAAGUCUGUGGCUCCCACAACAGCUUUUGUCUUUCAAACAUUUGUUUCAUCCACAAGUUCACUGGAGGUGUCCUGCCAUGCUUAUCACAGUGUUUAAUGUUAUACUCAUAAUGUGUGAAAAAAUCUGACCAGAUGUCUUCUCAUAGCUUAAAGGAUAAUCCUGAUUAAUUGCAACUUGGGUCAUUUUUUUGUUGUCAUUUUAAUCUGUAAUAAACUUGUUGAGCUGCAUUUAUAAUCUAGGCUUGGAGUUAACAUGAGACCUGUGGGAUGUCAGAAGUCACCUCUGCCAAGCUCUCCUACAGUAAAUUUUGUUUCUAUUUUUUCACUUUCAGAAUGAUGUUGAGCUGCACACAAAUAUUUUUUUUUAAAUCUAUGUGGCUUUUAGCAUUAUUUCAGGGUGUCUAAUAGAUACAGUACAAAGCUGCUAAUGUGAAGUGCUGAAGUAUGACUCAAGCUUUAGCUAAGAUCUGUGAAAAUGGUGGAUGCCCUCACUGAAAGGCUGGAGGGUGAAGAAACAGAAGCGUCUAAGAAGGAGAAUUAUAGAGUUACACAAGUUAAAAAAGGUCUUUUGGAGCCAUUUCUAAGUAACUGUAGAUUCCACAAUCAUCAGACUGAUCAAAUAUCCAGAAGCCAGAAGCUUGUUGAUGGCUACUAAAAGCAUCCAGUUGAGGUGCAACUUGCUAAGAGGCAUUUAACCAAAUAUAGGGGGUGUAUGUAUACAGUGCCUUGCGAAAGUAUUCGGCCC